AGAAAACAUUGGAGAAUCACGAUACGUUUUUUGAAAGUGUGUAAUUAGCAAAUUCCUAAAUGUUUAUCUCUAGUAAAUGAUAGUCUAUUGUUUAUUCGAAACUACGUAUACAUAAGUUUUCCCAAUCAAAAUAGUUAAUAUGUUAGUGGAACAAUUGGAAUAUUUACUUCCAAAUUCUUGGAUACCAAUGGAUUUGAGACACGAAAAAUUCAAAGUAGUACAACUUCACCCAUCUACUACAGAAUAUCAUGUUGUUCAAUCACAACUUGGGUAUGGAACUCCAUAUUUCAGUGCGAUUCAAGGUGUGUACAGGGUUCAAAAUCCAAUAUUAUAUGCAAAAUUUCGAAUAAAAGCUUAUGAUUUUGAACAAAGAGGACAAUACUCAAUCAAAUCACUUUUCCACGAUACAAGCAGAGAGAAUGUCGAGUCGAUAUGUAGUUUCAAUUUCGAUUGGAGAUUUGGUGAACGUUUCAAAUUCGGACCCGGAGUUUAUUUCUCAACAAGCCCAUAUUUGGCUAACAAACACUCUUCUAAAAAUAACGGGUUGUUCAGGACCAUGUUCUUAACACAGGUACUUACUCAGAAUAUUCAGACAGUUCCCGGUGAAAUUUUUCUACCUGACUAUGGAUUUGAUACUGCUCUCGUCCAUAAUGGGGAGACUUAUGUUAAAUAUUUUGAUGGAGAGUAUUAUCCGCAAUAUUUUAUAAACUAUAUCGCACAAACAUAGAGAAAACUGUGUUUGUUGAAAUUUAUAUUUUUAAUAAUACGUAGACAUAUCAAUAAAAAGGAUAAAUGGUUUUGAGGAUACAAAAGCACAUUCAAUAACUUGCUUUUGUAUGUUACUACAUAAAUCUCCCAAAAUAUAAUUUUUUAACAAGUUUAAAAAAUAUAUGAAAGCAGUUUUUAUUUGUUUAAUUCAAAGUUUGGGAUUGAAUAAUUUUGUCAAUAAAAAAUUGGAAAGUACAUAAUUGAGUCUCCAAAGCUAGAUUCUUGCCAUAUUUUUGUAUGACUUUUAAUAAAUAAUGAUUGCUCACUAUUAUUCACAUUAACAAGUUACUACAGAUGUAAUUCAUAUAUUUUUCUGUAAGAAAUGCAAAAUGUUGAUAAAAGUGCUUUA